AUGGGUGAGAAGCGCAAGGCAACAGAAGAGGCCCCUGGCCAGCCAAUGGCCAAGGGCUACGACAGUGUCACAUCUCGGGAAGCGACCCUGCAAAAGCCACUGGAAGGGCCUCCAGAAGACAGUGUUUCUCGAGAUCGCCACUUUGCUGAAUUGUACACGAAAACACCCGACUUUAAACAGCUGGCACUCCAGGACAAAGACUUUGCUCUACUAUGGAACAAGCACAAGACGGAUUUCUUCGACAACCCGCAAUGUGUCACGAAUCGACACAAUUACGUGUUAUGGCUGAAGGGUCUCCUGGAUAGCACUUCGUAUGAGAAACCAGGUGAUAAACUCGUUGGUUUGGAUAUUGGUACUGGGGCGAGUUGUAUCUACCCUCUUUUGGGGUGUGCCCAACGGCCAUGGGAGUUCAUCGCCACUGAAAUCGAUACAAAGAGUCUUGAGUACGCUCGUAAAAAUGUAGCUCUUAACAAACUAGAGCACCGAAUCAAGGUCGUGGAACGAAAGCCAACAGACGCCAUCAUCCCUCUUGACGACCUCAACGUGGAUAAAAUCGACUUUACAAUGACCAACCCGCCCUUUUACAAAUCAGAGCAAGAAAUGAUCAAGAGUGCCGAGCAAAAGUCUCGACCUCCUUUCACGGCAUGCACGGGUGCCAAGGUCGAGAUGGUUACCGAAGGUGGCGAGGUUGCCUUUGUCGACCAUAUUCUCAACGAGUCGCUCAAACUACGAGAGCGUGUGCGUUGGUAUACGGCCAUGUUUGGCUUCCUGACGAGCUUAUCCGACUUUAUCGCCAAACUCCGCGAGCAUGGAAUCGACAACUACGCCGUGACUGAGUUUGUCCAGGGCAGCAAGACACGUCGGUGGGCGAUCGCCUGGAGCUUUGGGAGCAUGCGGCCGACGCAGGAAGUUGCUCGUGGCAUCAAGACGGCCGUCCCGAAGAACAUCCUCCCAGAGAUUACAGAAGAAAAAGUUGUCGAUGUGCCUUUGCCCGACAAGGUGGGCGAUUUCGCAGAUCGCUUCAAGGAUGAGAUUGCCAAGCUCGAUCUGACAUCAUGGAGCUGGGACAAGGAGCGCCUCGAGGGCACGGGACGAGCGGCCGACAGAGUGUGGGCUCGGGCAUGGAGGAGACGGAAGCAGCGGGAGAUGCAGACCGAGACAGCCGACGGAUCCAAGGCCGAAGGAGCAAAGUGCGUCCUCGCAUUCAAGGUGUCUAUCCGCGUUGCUCAGGAUCACAUCUCGGUGAGCUGUCGAUGGCUCGAAGGUCACGAUGCUGUCGCAUUCGAGAGUUUCCGGGGAUACUUGAAGAAGACGGCACGGAGCAUCGUGGGCUCAGAGAAGGAGGGCACGCGAACUUGA